UUUCCUCUCCCACCACCCGUUCGAUGAAAUGGCGCAGCCGCAGAAUUAGCCGCUCCUUGCUUUUCAUAUCCUGCCGCCCUCGCGACGCCUAGAGCUGACCAAGAGUUCGAAUUGAAUUUGUUCUUCCCCCUUGGACGAAUGGAUAAUCCUUUGGCGGGUUAAGAGGUUGCUCGUUAAGGAACCUGAGAUUUUAGUUUCGUGAUUUCCGGGGAAGGAAGGAUAGCUUAUCGUCUUGGUAACACCAAGGGCAUGCCGUGAAGCAACCCCCUCGACUUCAAUUCUGGAGAAAAGAGAGCUAAGCUGGCUUCAAGAAGAAUAUGGCAUCUCUUACUCCAGGGAUACUGUUAAAGGUUCUCAAACAUAUAAACUCUGAUGUGAAAGUAUGUGGAGAACACCGGUCAAUUCUUCUCCAAGUUAUUAGCAUCGUUCCUGCAAUUACUGGUUCAGAACUUUGGCCAGACCAUGGUUUCUUCAUAAAAGUUUCAGAUUCAUCGCACUCAACAUAUGUGUCUUUAUCAAAGGAGGAUAAUGAACUCAUCUUAUCAAACAAACUACAACUUGGACAGUUCAUAUAUGUUGAAAAGGUUCAGUCCAGUGUUCCUGUUCCAGUUCUUGUUGGGGUCAGAGCAGUCCCAGGAAGGAACCCUUUCAUUGGAAACCCGAAGGAUUUGAUGCAAAUGUCAACUCCCUCUGGGGUUUUGGAAGCAUUGGAUCAACAACGGAAAACUACCAAGCCAACUGAAUUGUCUGAGAGUGAAAAGGAAAACUCUCAGAGGAAGGUAGUCAUCAAAGAGCAGAAGGCCGGUGUUGCUUCCCGUUACAUGCUUGGGAUAUCAAGCAACAAUGGUAAAAUUACCAAUCUAAACUCUAGCAUGGAUAGUGACAAAAGUAGUAAUGGAGGAAGUAGUGUUUGCGAUGCAAACCAAAAGCUGGUCUCUAGUGCUACGAAAGUGAAACAAGAGUCAAAACCUCAGGAAAGGCCAAAUAUUACCUCUCCUAAUAAUGCCAAGUUAGCUUCUACGAGACAAGAAGUUAAUAAGGAAAUACGCAAGAAUAGUGGCAGGCCACUCAGUCAGAACGGUUCUGCUGUAGUGAAGAAGCAAAUGCCAAGAGACAUAAAAAGGGAAUCAGCAACUGAAGGAAGCUCACCGCCAAAGCUUUAUAGGAGUUCACCAUCAACGCCAGCAAGAACUUCACCACCAAAGCUCAGGAGUUCACCACCAACGCCAGCAAGAACUUCACCACCGAGAAUCAAUGUGCCAGCAAAGGCAAAUGCUACCUCCAGUCCAGUUUCUUCUGUGCCUAAUAUUAAAAGAAGAGUCACAGAAACCGUGUCCUGGGAUACCCUUCCAACAUGCUUGAUCAAAUCUGGAAAGGCCGUUGUCAGGAGGAAGACUAUUGCUCUUAUAGUAGCAGCAGAGGCACAAAGGGAGGCUACUGCUGCUGCAUCUCUUGUGAAAGGCCUUGGAAUUUUUACCGAGAUACUGAAAUCCGCCGAGGAGGAUCCGCAUGGCGCAGUCAACAAGUUUUUUCAGCUAAACCGGCUUAUCAUUCAGCAAAACAUUUUCUGGAAAGAUAACUCGCCAGAUUCUGGCAAGGAAUCCAGACCAGAGAAGGAGAAGCCAUCAAGGAAAGUUUCUGCAUCUCAGAACAAAGCUGCUGGAAGUGGUGCAGCGAAGAACCCCGACGAUGCCUAUACGAGUGGUAAGCUCGAAUGGGCCAGAGAAGAUGGUUUCAAGGAGAUAGGCAGGUCAUGGAUCGAUCUGAAAAGGGAAUCACAGUCAUGGUUUCUGAACUUCCUGGAAGACGCGCUUGUGUCCGGAUUCAAAUUUGAGGGCCGAGUUAAGAACAGCACCAGAGAACGGGUGCGAGGGCAGUCCAAGGGUGGCGACGGGCAGAUCGCGGUCCGGCUGUCGCAGCUCAAGGAGACCAGCAACUGGCUUGACCAGCAGCUGCAGAGCGAGGGGGCGAAACCUGACGACGGUUUGGUCGAAACCAUCGAGCGGCUGAAGCAGAAGGCCUACUCGUGCCUGCUCGGGACCGUCGAGACCGCGGCCUCGGCUCUUGAAAGCAGAAACGGUUGCAGCUGAAAUCUUUCCAGGGCUGGCCUUGCAUGUUUUUUGGCUUGGAAGAAGUACAAGAGCAGUGCUGCUGUACAGAACACAAGAAGAUCCUGCUGCAAAGGAGAAUGGAGAUGAAGCAUAAUUUAUACCAACUGUACAAAAUAACGUAGGAGCGAGAGGAUUGAGAGAUGUAAAUAGCCUGGUUGAGUUGCCCGUUAAGUUAUUCGUUCGAUCUUGUUCCUUUUGCGCUGUCUCGUGUUCCUUGUGAAGUCUUCAGUCGUGUCUGGCCAGCAAUACAAAUGGAUGAAUGUUUGCACUUGCCUAAAACAAAAUUGCCAAUUAUUCGAGCCUCUGCACUCCGCAACCAUGCGGCGCAAAACA